GACGGAACUUGAAUACACAGAUUUUCUUCAGUAUAUUUACGGUAUAUUUGUGAGGGUCAGACCGUAUGUUUGAUAAUAAAUCCGCGGUCCCAUUCCACCCACUAUAAGGCCGGCUGUAAAUGUUUAAGAAACUGGAAAUAUUAGCGCGAUUUUAGCGAGAUCCAAUCGCAUAAAAGAUACUCGCCUUUGGUCCACAAGUCUUUGUGUUUCCAUGAAGCUGCUAAAACCCGCAUGGGUCCAUCACGAUGAAAAGCAAAUAUUCUCGGUGGAUAUCCAUCAGGACUGUACAAAGUUCGCCACCGGCGGGCAGGGCAACGAUUGUGGUCGAGUGGUUAUCUGGAAUCUAAAGCCGGUGCUCAGCGAGAAGGAUGAGCUCGAUGAGACAAUACCGAAGAUGCUAUGCCAGAUGGACCAGCACCUGGCGUGCGUCAACUGUGUGCGAUGGUCACAGAACGGGGUGUACCUGGCCUCUGGCUCCGACGAUAAGCUGAUCAUGAUUUGGCGCAAAAUCACUGGAUCCAGCGGUGUGUUCGGCACCGGGGGCAUGCAGAAGAACCACGAGUCGUGGAAGUGCUUCCACACGCUGCGCGGCCAUGCUGGCGACGUCCUGGACCUGGCCUGGUCCCCCAAUGACAUCUAUUUGGCCAGUUGCAGCAUCGACAACACUGUCAUCAUCUGGGAUGCCCAGGCCUUUCCCUCGAUGGUGACCACGCUGAAGGGCCACACGGGUCUGGUUAAGGGGGUAUCUUGGGAUCCCGUUGGAAGGUUUCUUGCCUCACAGUCCGACGAUCACAGCAUCAAAAUGUGGAAUACCAUGGACUGGACGCUCUCGGAGACCAUCACUGAGCCGUUCGAGGAGUGCGGCGGCACGACGCAUAUUCUGCGCCUCUCCUGGUCGCCGGAUGGCCAAUAUCUGGUCUCGGCUCAUGCCAUGAACGGUGGCGUGCCCACCGCACAGAUCAUCGAGCGCGAGGGCUGGCGGUGUGACAAGGAUUUUGUGGGGCAUCGCAAGGCCGUUACCUGUGUACGCUUCCACAACUCUGUGCUGAUCCGGCCGAUGUCCGAAGGCCUCAAGCAGCGGCAGUACUGCUGCCUGGCCGUCGGCUCCAGGGAUCGUUCCCUCUCCGUCUGGAUGACUGCUCUGCAGCGGCCGCUGGUUCUCAUCCACGAACUGUUCGAGGACAGCAUCCUAGACCUAUCCUGGGGACCCGACCAGUGCCUGCUGAUGGCCUGCAGCGGCGACGGUACGGUGGCUUGUCUGCAGUUCACCGACGAAGAGCUUGGCCAAAGGCUCUCCGCGGAGAAGAUGGACGCGCUGUUCAUGAAGCGGUAUGGCGAAAUGUAUGGCGCCGGUCUAGGCUUCGGCAACAAGAUGAUUGUGGAGGAAUCCGAUCAGAGCUGUAAUUACCAGUCAGAUUCGUCGGCCAUGCAAACGGCGCCGCUGAACUUCCCCCUGCCCAAUGCCGCCCUGGAGCGACGAACGGCCUCCACCGCUCAGCGACCCAUCAGCAAGCAGACCGAGACACGGACAAAGGAUGGCAAGCGAAGGAUUACGCCCAUGUUCAUACCGCUAAACGAGGAAGAACGGGCACCAGCAAUCGGCUCCAGCAGUGGAGCGCCCACAGCAGCUGCAGCAGCAACAGCAGCGGCAGCGAUAGAGGGACCGCAUGCCACUACGCCCACGGAGUGCGCCGUCACGCCACGAAUGCCCGAACCGCUUGUGUCGGCGGGACGCAAGACGACGCCGGCGCAUCGCCGCCAAUCGAUGCCCUUCGAUCCCAGUCAACAGGCGGAGUUUCCACGCUCGCCCAAGACCCCGGACGAGCAUCAAGGGACAACGAUGGGUCCGAAACUCAAUAUCACGGCCACGGCCAAGAGUGAGUUCGUGAAGACUGCCCUCGAUUAUAGGCUGCUCGUGCAGAAUGGGCACCUGAAGACGAGUCACGGGAUGCUGGCCAAGGUGACUGCCAGCAUCGACGGGGAGUUCCUCUGGGAGUUCUAUGUGGGCUCGCCGGUGGUGAAUGUGAAUCUCUGCGCCAAGUAUUGCAUGCUCUGCUCCCUGGACGGCAGCAUGCGUCUGAUAUCGAUGGAAACGGGUUGCCACGUCUUCCCAGCCAUUGCCCUCUCCAGCUCGGCUGUACAUUGCGCCUUUAGUCCCGACAACAGUCUGGUGGGAGUGCUCACCGAAUGCGGCCUGUUGCGCAUCUGGAAUAUUGCGGGGGCGACCAUUAGCUUGGCCGCCGGCUGCAAGGAGCUGCUCAUCAAGCACGGAGCGGUCGUCCAGUUCUCGGUGACGGACCAGGGAAUGCCACUGAUUGGCUUCCCCAACGGCAACUCGUACUCGUACUCGACCAGCCUCGAGUCGUGGCUGGUGCUGGCCACCAAGGAUGCGAUCAUGUACCAUGGCAUCAGGGGCACUCUGCCCCGCGAUGAGGAUCUAGUGGCGCGCAAAUUUCCGCUGCUCAGCAUGCAGGCCAGUAGCCAGAACUACUUUGUGCUUGGCAGCGGCAUGGAACUGAGAAAACUUGAGAGCUGGCAGCAGACGGCUAAAAUCCUGUUCAUCGACAAUCAGAUCAAAUUGUGCGAGGCCCUGCAAUCGACAGAUGAGCUGAAGCACUGGCACACGAUGCAGGCCCUCCAGUUGUCCGCCUAUGGAUCGGAGAAGCGUCUGCGCACGUUCCUCGAUGAGCUGCUCUCGAACUCGGAUACGGGCAUAGCGACGUUCGCGUCGAAGCAUGAGCUGGCUCAGUGCGUGCUGGACACGUUGAAGUCGCACGGACAGUGGAGGCGCUUGCAUACCGAGUACACGGAGCUCUUGAAGUUCAGUCGGAAUCAGCGCAUUGAGGAUAUCUUUGCCACGCCCGCACCGCCACAGCCGCGAUCGGCAUCACCUAGCCCGCCACAUCCGCCGCAAACGGUGUCCCCCAGUCCGCCCCGAGUGCCCCAGACGGUGUCACCCAGUCCGACCCUACAAUCGGGAAUUGCUUCACUAGGCCAAGUCACAACCAGCCCGCUACAGCUGCAGAAUGUAUCGCCCAGUCCGUCACAGGGGCAGAGUGUAUCACCAAGUCCUGGAACAGUGUCACCCGGCACCGCACACUCGGGAACAGAGUCAUCCGGCACGCCGCCUGGUCAGGUGCUGCCGCAGACUCUGGCAACCAGUCCGCCGCAGACGCACUUUGUGUCAUCCAGUCCGUCAAUGUCUGGAACCGUGUCGCCGGGCACCCCACAAUCGGGCACAGAUUCCCCACAGUCCCCCAGUCCGUUAUAACCCUAAAAAGCUGAGUUGCCACAGCAGGAGCUUGCACCAGCUGUUACUUCCAUCAACAGAAAGAUAGAUUAAGAUCUAAAAAGCUGAGUUGCCACAGCAGGAGCUUGCACCAGCUGUUACUUCCAUCAACAGAAAGAUAGAUUAAGAUCAAGAGAGCAGGAACAGGAGAGCAGGAGACUACAUGUUUAAAUUAUGUAAGAUUAUGUGAGUGGUUUUUAAGCGUAUUCCCCAUUGUACAGUCGUCCAGCCUAGAUAGAUAGCAUAAGAUGAAGAGUAUUAGUCAUGUAUGUGUGUUUUUAAGAAAAUUAAUUUUUUAAAUUUGUCAACCAAUAAAACAAAAAUCUCCUCAAAGAAACGAAA